AUGCCAGUCGGAAAGCGAGGCCUAGUCGCUCCGCAAAACACUUUUCUUGAAAAUGUUAUUCGACGGUGCAAUAAUGCUGACACUUCUUUCAUACUGGCAAAUGCGCAAGUCGUUGACUAUCCUAUAGUUUAUUGUAAUGACGGAUUCUCGAAGUUGGUCGGGUAUUCGCGAGCCGAGAUUAUGCAAAAACCAUGCUCAUUGGCGUUUAUGCAUGGCGAGCACGGAGAGUCGGGAAGUCUGCAGAAGAUUCAGGAUGCGCUGGAUAAUGCAAGAACAGAGCAGGCUGAAAUUGGGCUUUCCAAAAAGAACAAAACUCCCAUAUGGCUUCUAGUUCAUUUGUCUCCAAUUAAAAACGACAAGGACAAUGUUGUUUUGUACCUGUGUCAAUUCAAGGACAUCACUCCCCUCAAACAGCCUCUGGAUGAUGAAAACAACAAAGGAUUAUCGAGAAUUUUACAAAUUGCGCGAAUUGCUAAAUCAAAACAGCAAUUCAAUCAGAUUGAGACGAAGGAUCUACACAAAGCGAGCGGAAACACAUCGAGUAACUUCAAUCAGGUGAUGAAUCUCGGCGGGGACAUGCUGCCGCAAUAUCGACAAGAAACGCCCAAGACCUCGCCGCACAUCAUUUUACAUUACUCUUCGUUCAAAACCAUUUGGGAUUGGUCGAUAUUAGCACUUACCUUCUAUACAGCCUUCAUGGUGCCUUUCAAUAUCGCCUUCAAAAAUAGCCUCAGGCCGUUCUACUUGAUCAGGGAAAACACGGGCGGUGGCAUCGACUCAGUGGCUCUGAUGGACUCUAUCGUUGAUGUCAUCUUUUUCGCAGACAUUCUUCUUAAUUUUCAUACUACUUUUGUCGGACCUGGUGGCGAGGUCGUCAUAGAGCCAUCAGUCAUUAGACAGAAUUAUUUAAAGUCAUGGUUCCUCAUAGAUCUUCUAUCUUGCCUACCCUAUGAUAUUUUUUAUAUGUUCAAACGAGACGACGAGCGAAUCGGAAGCCUCUUCUCUGCGCUCAAAGUUGUCAGACUCCUCAGAUUGGGACGUGUGGCUCGAAAAUUGGAUAAUUACCUCGAAUAUGGUGCAGCAACUCUUCUGCUGUUAUUAUGCGCUUAUGUCAUUGUGGCUCACUGGUUAGCAUGUGUUUGGUUUUGGAUUGGAGAUUCGGAAGUCCGAUUAAAGAUGGAUAACCCUGGAUUACCUGAUGGGUGGCUUUGGAAGCUUUCAAAUGACCUUCGACAACCAUAUAAUGUAACUAUGUCAAAUAGGUCAACUCUUGUUGGAGGACCCUCAAGAACUUCCGCCUAUAUUUCUUCACUUUAUUACACAAUGAGUUGUAUGUCGACUGUAGGCUUCGGAAAUAUUGCCAGCACCACGGACAACGAAAAAAUCUUCGGAGUUUGUAUGAUGAUCAUUUCUGCGUUGUUAUAUGCUGCCAUCUUUGGCCACAUGACUACUAUUAUCCAGCAAAUGACGAGCAGUACAGUCAGAUAUCACGAGAUGAUCAGCAAUGUUCGGGAGUUCAUCAAACUGCAAGAAAUACCAAAAGAGCUCGCCGAACGUGUAAUGGAUUAUGUUGUAUCGACUUGGGCAAUGACGAAGGGCAUCGAUACCUCGAAAGUGUUAGGAUAUUGUCCGAAAGACAUGAAAGCGGACAUUUGUGUGCAUUUAAAUCGCAAGGUGUUCAAUGAGCACAGCUGCUUUCGUUUGGCUUCCGACGGAUGUUUGAGGUCUCUCGCGAUGUAUCUUGAGCUGAAUCACGCAGCACCUGGAGACUUGUUGUACCACACCGGCGAAUCUGUGGAUGCUCUGUGGUUUGUCGUAUCCGGCUCAUUGGAAGUGAUACAAGACGAAGAAGUUGUUGCAAUAUUGGGCAAAGGCGAUGUUUUCGGAGACGAGUUUUGGAAGAAUAACGGAGUCACCGGACAAUCCGCUGCGAAUGUUCGAGCUCUGACUUAUUCCGACUUGCAUAUGAUCAAAAAGAACAAAUUGAUGGAUGUUCUCGAUUUCUACAAAGCAUUCGCGAAUUCGUUUGCUCGAAACAUGACUCUAACAUAUAAUCUAACGCAUCGGAUGAAAUUCCGUAAAGUGGCCGAUGUCAAACGGGAAAAAGAGCUUGACGCGAAAAGAAAAAAUGAAAAACUGACGUUACCUCCUGAUCAUCCUGUUCGAAAACUAUUGUUUCGUAUGAGAGAACGUCACGGUCUACGAAUAUUCCCAAGUCCGAUGUUUGCCGAUAUCGAAAAGGGAUUGAAGAAGUCGUCGGAGAUUUCGAGAAUAUCUUCUCUACAUUCAAUGCUGGAUGAGACGAAUGGAAAUGGCUCGAAAUCUCCAAGAUGCAAACAGAAGAGACCUCCGUUAUUGAAACGGCAAACUGUUGAUGAAGACGCAUUCUCGCGAACCAGCUGGGGAAUGGAUAAAAAGGAUCGCGAAUGGAGUUCAUUAUCGAAUAUCCGAACGGAGAUGAAAUCGAAAUUCGAAAUAAUCGGAGAGCGACUAGGUGCUAUUGAGCAAGUCAAUAAUCGCUUAGCGAAUAUUGAAAAGAUUCUAGCUUUAAAUGCAGGAGUUGCCACUCCAUCAACAAUUCCUGCCGGAUCAUUUACGAAUCUCAACGAGUCCAAUAAUCGGUUAAGCAUUGAUACCCAGCCUGUAGCGAGAAGUGUUUCCUGGAGUGAGCAACACCAACAGCAAUGGCAAAGAACUGUUCCACCAUUGCGAGAAUUGGAGUCUGGAGAAUGGAAACCCGAAACUUCCUCGGAUGGUACAUCAUCGACAUCCCCACCGAUUGCUGCGGUGCCAGCCAUUCAGAUUGAGCAGGAGGAAGACUCGGACAGGCAUCCCCUAACGCGCACUAGGAUAUGA